AAGGAAGUUAAGUGUUGCAAUAACAUGCAUAGCUGAAUGGGUAACUUACAGAGCGUUCUGCUUGAGUAAAAUGGGAUGUUGAGUUGAGUUCUAAGACUAAAUUAAAGGACUAGGCAAAUGUUUGACAGGUGCGUUAAAAUACAGACAGACAAAAUUAACAUGGGUACACAAAUACGUUCGGGACUUAUAGCUAUUAUAUUUGGAAACAUCGUACCUGGGGUAGCGGCAAGUGGCUCAAAUAUUGGCGGACUCAUCGCAGCAGCCGUCAUCAGCUUUUUCUGCCUUGUUGCUGCCGUCGUCAUGGUUUUCAUCGCGUUUCUAUGGCGGGACUGGUAUUUAAAACGGCAGCUACAAAAGGGGAAGCGUCGGGUGGCGAGGAACCUCGCCCCAUUGCGGCUCUGGCGGUCCCGCUCGAAGCCCAGCCUCAACACGACCCCUGCGUCCGCGAGGAGGAUUAUUGGCGUCGCCAGCCGGGAGUCCACUAUGAACCGGCAGCAGUUAAUACGGGGAGACUCAUGGUUCUCACAAGUUCAAGGAGGCAAGAGAUUUGAAGAGAAGGUUCAGACAAUCGAACUGGAAGCGGAAGAAGACGAUGUCGUAGUGGCGGAAAUCAUGCCAGACGAGAACAACAUCCGAUCUACGCAGCAUCUUCGCACGACCUAUACGCAGCAGACGACGCCUACCAGUUACGUCACGACAAGGCUAGGGGAUGAGGAAACGUCAUUUUCGCGUCCCAAUGGUACCACUACCACCGACACCGUCGCGUCCGGUUUAGGCAACACGUAUUAUGUCCCUAUAAGCAAAGGACCGGCCGCUUCCGCUGCUUCGCAGAUGAGCCAGACGACAGCGCCGUCUCGCAUCAGCUACGAGCCAUAUCACGUGCAUUCUGCUCACCUGUCACAGACGACCCGACCACAGAACGGGAAUACCGACAUAUUCAUCACGCCAUUGAUUCCGACGUCCUCAAAACGCGCUGCUAUGAUGGAAUUUGAUUCCGACGAAGAGGCCGGAAACGUUCCGAACCCUAAGGCGCGGGAGGAGGUUGACGUUUUGUUUUAAUGACACCAGUCAUCAUUUAUAACAAUUUGUAACAACAAAUCUUUUUUUCCUAUUACUGGCUUAUUUUUGGUCCGCCAACUACAGAAUCCGACAUAUUUCUUUUCAAAGUUAUAGUUGGUUCCAUUUUGUCCCGACGACAUCAAGCGAGGUAAAAACUCAUAAAUUGGGCCAUAUGAAUGGCCUUAGAGAUCGAGUUGCAAAUUAAUUUUAUGGAGGACAUCGCACUAUGCAAUCACAUUCACAGCAUGUAAAUUACGCAAUUGGAUCUGGUACGAUUUCGACAAAACGUAGAGUGAUAAUAUCAAAGGACAAACAUUAUAUAUAGUUCAGUGCUUUUUAUAUCGGGUAUACAUACGCUUACGGUUGUUGAACAUAGCCUAUCUGCUGCUGUUUUAUCUUUAUAUGAGUCGCGUUCUGAGAAAACUGGGCAUAAUGCAUGUGCGUAAAGUGUCGUCGCAGAAUAGCCUGUGCAGUCCGCACAGGCUAAUCAGGGACGACACGUUCCGCUUAAAUUGGAUUUUUGCUAAGAAGAGACUUCAUUUAAACGAAAAAUGUUAUAAGAGCGGAAAGUGUCGUCCCUAAUUAGCCUGUGUGCACUGCACAGGCUAAUCUGGGACGACACUUUACGCACAUGCAUUAUGCCCAGUUUUCUCAGAACAAAACUCAUAUUUGUAACACCGGAAAGUCAUUACAUAAUUAUAUACAUCAAAAAUCAUUACCAGCGGAAAAGCUGUUUUGCUAAUUCAUCAUUUGCGACUUGCGCUGAAUGUCUUUAAAAAUGUUAUAUAAUGUAAAGGAUGUUUUCUUUCAAACGUGAACACAAUGUAGCUAAACACCGCCGUUGAUUAUAGACAAUAUGAAUACAAUAUAUAAGAAUGACUUAACCUAAAACUAACCCUAACAUUUGUACAUCUGUCAACGUCUCUUUUGUUGCACCAUUUGUCUGCCACCUAUAUCUUGUCCAAUUGUAUUACAAAGUAGCUAUAUCUUGUUAAAUUUUAAAACAAAGAAGCUACUGUAUAUACAAAAAUGUAAUAUUGAGAUAUUUAAAAUGUAACACGGAAGUGUUUUUCCACGUACAAGUCCUGGUCGAUUGUUAUAUAUAUUUGCAAAAUCUUUCGAAAAUGAAAUCGAAUAAUGUCCCAUUUGAGUAUUGUAUGUAUGUAUUUGUGCUACCGGUUUAUACAUUAACACAUUGUACGCUAUAAUUUGAGAAAGUAAAUAAUAUACAGCUUUAUGACUAAAGGGACCUUUUCACGUUUGGUAAAUUGACAAAAUUAAAAAUUUUUUAUUCAGAAUCGCAAAUUUUCGUUUUAGUUAUGAUAUUUGUGAGGAAACAGUAAUACUGAACAUCAACCAUGCUCUAAAAUAUCCAUUAUAUGCAUCUUUUGACGAUUUAUAAACCUGAAAAUCAUAAAGCGUUGCAACGCGAAUCGAGUGAAUAAUUUGGAGAGUUCUGUUGUUGUCGUUAUAUUUUGUGAUACUACGAGGAUUGCUGAUAUUAAGUAUAAAAUACAUUCCUCAUAGUAUGAACACGGAUGGCCGAGUGGUCUAAGCGGUAAACUUUUACUCCAAGAAUCCAUGGGUCAGUGGUUCGAGCCCAGUUGAGGGUUACUUUUUUUAUAAAUUGUAUUGUUGUUUUUUACUGGAAAUUUUAGAUCCAAUGUUUACAUUUAUCAAUAUAAAUCAUUUAAUGACAAACUCCAAUACAUCUGUGAAAAGGCCCCUUUAAUAUUUUAUUUAUAUGCAUGCAAUAAAAGCUUUUACAGAAUAAAACGCAUUUAUUUUGUCCCAACUGAGGUUUUGCAUAUUGCAUAAAGAAGUGCUUCUGUA